AUGUGGUCCGACGUGGCAGAGGUCCUCCUUGUUUUCGAUGAUCGGGCCAUUUCCCUUUGCUACCUUCUUGCCUGGAUCGCGGAAGGCGGUGUUGCAAAACAGGCUGCGGGCCAGUGCUUUGCAGCUCUUGUCGGUGUACUGCUUAUCCUCGAAGCCCGUGCCUAUGACUGGCCCAAAGAGUGUUUGUGCGGUGGCAGUCAUGUGUGUGCGGAGGCCGACGCGCAAGAGGGCACUUUCCCUCAAGAUCAAGAUCUCCCAGCUCAGCAUCUGAAGCAGGAAGGGGAGAUUGUUCCCUCAACGACCUUGACGACCAUAGAGGGCGACCUGACGCACGCAACUACGAAACUCCCCCCUUCUGCUCCCGCGGAUAAGGGAAAGGGCAAAGCCCCUAUCGAUUCCAGUGAUGAAUCCUUGGGGAGCAAAUACGCCCCCGUUAUCCAGAGCAACGACCCCAAGGAUGAUUUCCAUCCACCAAGCGACACAUUGAGCGAUGAUGAGCUUCCUUCCGUUGAUAGACUCGUGGGUAGACUCAGGAGUGGCAAGAAGCGGGCGAGAGCCCACUCUUCACCAACCAGGGACCAUGCAGGUCCUCUGACAAGGAGACGGCGAGUUGCUGCCAAUGGUGCCGGGCCUUCGUCGUCGGGAGCGGCAGCGACAUCGGCCCCAACAACAAACACAACCUCGCACCCGAUGCCACAGUGGUCUCCAGGUUGGGAGGAAGAGCGUUUGAUACGAACGCUGAAGGAGAAAUACGAGGAAGACCCAGCAGGGUUCUACCUCAUCACCGACAGGUUCUUCUUGGAAUGGUCACAGACCGUCCACAGGAAUGGCUUCGGUGGCUACGCGGACUGGAUCGAUGCCAAGUUUGGAGAGUCCCAAUGCUGCUCGGGCGCAUUCCAUGCCUUCCCUGAUGCCACCCUAACCCAGUGCAUCUAG